AUGGUGAUGAUGAAACUGAAGAACUACUUGAGAUCAGAUACAUUGACACUUGUAUUGAUAAAUUUUGCUGCUAUAAUGGAAAUGGCUGAUGAAACUCUGUUACCUGGAGUUUACAAAGAAGUUGGCAAGGAUUUGGGCAUUGAUCCUGCUGGUCUUGGCUCACUUAGUCUCUACAGAUCAUUAGUUCAAUGUCUUUGUUAUCCUCUUGCUGCAUUCCUUGCUGCUCGUCAUAAUCGUGCUAAUGUCAUUGCUCUCGGUGCUUUCCUUUGGUCCGGUGCCACGUUCCUUGUUGCCAUCUCCUCUACCUUCAUUGAGAUAGCAAUUUCGAGAGGAUUAAAUGGAAUAGGACUUGCAAUUGUCACACCAGCAAUCCUAUCUCUAGUUGCUGAUUCAACUCAUGAUAGUAAUCGUGGUACAGCUUUUGGAUGGUUAGCACUAACUGGAAGUUUUGGUGCAAUUAUUGGUGGGACUAUGUCUGUGCAGAUUGCUGAAACAUCAUUCAUGGGAAUCCCGGGCUGGAGAAUCUCCUUUCACCUGGUUGGUAUUAUAAGUGUUCUUGUUGGUCUUUUAGUCUAUCUCUUCGCCAAAGAUCCCCACUUUCUUGACAGAGAUGUUAAUGUAAAUGAUCAGCCUCCCCCGAAACCAUUUCAAGAACAAGUGAGAGAACUGCUAAAAGAAGCAAAAACAGUUAUCAAAGUACCUUCCUUCAAGAUAAUUGUUGCACAAGGGGUUGUCGGGUCAUUCCUUGGGACAUCACUGUCAUUUUCCACUAUGUGGUUGGAGCUUGUUGGAUUCUCCCACAAGACAACGGCACUCAUCAUGAGUUUGUUUGUAGUUUCUCUGUCAUUUGGCGCGGUUUUUGGAGGAUUCAUGGGGGAUGUUUGGGCAAAGCACUUCCCUAAUUCUGGUAGGAUCAUCGUCUCUCAGAUAAGCACUGGUUCAGCUAUUCCCUUAGCUGCAAUUCUGCUGCUGCUAUUGCCUAAUGAUCUUAAAACAGCUUUGUUGCAUGGUUUAGUCCUGUUUAUAUUGGGAUUUUGCGCAUCAUGGAGCGGUCCAGCAGCAAACAGUCCAAUAUUUGCUGAGAUAGUUCCUGAGAGAGCUCGAACGAGCAUUUAUGCUCUGGAUCGAUGUUUCGAGACCUUGUUAGCAUCAUUUGCUCCUCUUCUAGUUGGUACUUUAGCUCAACAAGUUUUUGGCUAUAAGCCAAUCCCUGAGGGAUCUUCAAGUUCAGGGGAAAUUGAAACAGACAGACAAAAUGCUGCCUCACUUGCCAAAGCAAUGUACACUGCAAUAGGCAUUCCAAUGGUCAUUUGUUGCUCCAUCUAUUCCUUCCUAUAUUUCACAUAUCCACGAGAUAGGGAUCGUGUCCGGUUGCAACAGAUUGAUCAAACGCGCAAUUUUCCAUCCGAAGAACAACAGCCCUUACUCGAGCACGAUGAGCACGGACUUCUUUCAGUAAAUUAGUUGAAAUCUCUAGAAUCUAAC